AUGCAAAGUCAGUCGGUCCUAUUUUUGACAUUGGGCGGCCGAGAGCUGUGUUCCCUGGUGAAGAAUCUAGCGUUCUUGAAUGUUCCUGCUGAAUUGCCGUUCGAGAAGUUAAAAUCCCUAUUGCUGGACCACAUUCUCCCAGUGAGUUUUCAGGCCACUGAACGUUGCAGAUUCAACUCAAUGAUCAGAGCUGCCAAUAUGCCAUGCCGUGAGUUCAUUCUUCAGUUGAACAAACAGGCGUCAAAAUGCAACUAUGGUGACCGAUUGGAAGAACAACUUUGUGACCGUCUCAUUGCUGGAAUCAACAACAUCUCAUUACAACGUAAGAUGUUGGAAAAGAAAGAUAUCAUGUUUGCUGAGGCUCGAAAAAUCUGUGAGCAAAGUGACGAUUUGUGUGCUGCUGUAGUGGAAAAGAUACUACAUAUACGAAUAAUAAUGAAAUAA